AUGUUUGAUACAAAGAUUAAAAUAAGUAUUAGCGUUAAUUCAAAUAUUGAUUCUAAUAAAGAAUUAUUUCGACCAUUACCUCCAUAUCUAUACAAUGAUGAUUCUGUUUAUCAAUUAGAACGUGAAAAUAUUUUUUCAAAAAAUUGGAUUUAUGUUGGUCGACUUGAUAAAUUAAAAAAUUUAGGUGAUUUUUUUUAUCAAUAA